GCGGAGGCGACAGUGGGGACGCGGCCUCCCCGGGCAGCCGAGUCCCCGGGCGUCUGUGACUCACCGGGCUCCGCUGGGCCGCGCUGCCCGGGUCCCGCUGGGUGGAGCUGGGUCAGCAGGCGCCGCCGCCGCGGUCCUGUCCCCUGCUGAGCGCCCCGUGCUGCGGCCAUGGCCUCCGUCGGCAUCCGGGCACCCGCAGCCUCGCGACUCGGCAGCCUGGGCGGUGGCGGCAGUGUCGUGGAGUCAGUAACCUUUGAGGAUGUGGCUGUGAACUUCUCCCUAGAGGAGUGGGCUAUGCUGAAUCCAUCCCAGAAGAACCUCUACAAAGAUGUGAUGCAGGAAACCUUGAGGAACCUGGCCACUAUAGGAAACAGUUUAGAGCACCAUAUCAUUGAAAAUAUAUACCGAAAUUCCUGGAGAAAACUAAGUGGUCAAGUGGUGGAGGGACUCUAUGACUUCAAAGAUGAUCAUCAGUGUGCAGAAAUCUUUGACUUCACUACACAGAGCAUUGUAAACCAGAACCCCUUUCCAGGAGUACAUAUAUGUGAAAACAGUGGAUGUGCAAGAGUAGUCAUUGGCCAUUUGUCUCUAAGUGUGCUCCUUAAACCCGACACAGAGCAUGAAUCCUAUGAAGAGCAGGAGUAUGGAAAGGAAUUGUACAACAAUGUGGAAUUUGGGGCCACCUCCAGUUCUCUCCCAUCGUUUGAGAACUAUGAAAGUACUUACACUCUAGAGAGACUGUAUAAAAGUGAGAAUUGUGAUGAAGACUAUAGAUUUGGUCAAAAUCUUCAAAAGACUUUGACUGAAGAAAAGCCCUUUGAAUGUAAGCAAUGUGGGAAAGCUUUCAGUUCUUCAAGGUACUUUCGAAGGCAUGAGCGACGCCAUCGGGCAAAGAAAUCCUAUAUAUGUAAGCAAUGUGGGAAAGCUUUUGCUUUUCCCACUUACUUACAAACCCAUGAGAGAAUUCACACUGGGGAGAAGCCCUAUGUGUGCGUGCAGUGUGGGAAAACCUUUGCUCAUUCUCGUUCCCUUAAAACACAUAAAAGAACUCACACUGUUAGGGACCUCUUUGUGUGCAAUUACUGUGGGAAAACCUUACGUCAUUACAGUUCUCUUCAAAUUCAUACAAGAAUUCACACAGGAGAGAAACCUUAUGUAUGUAAACCAUGUGGUAAAGCCUUCAUUACUUAUCGUUCCUUUCGAAUACAUGAAAGAAUUCACACUGGAGAAACUCCUUAUGAAUGUAAGCAGUGUGGAAACACCUUCAUGCGUUGGAUUCAGUUACGAAAACAUGAAAUAAUUCACAGUGGUGUGAAACCCUAUGCUUGUAAGCUAUGUGGGAAAAGCUUUACUUGUUCUGGUUCCCUGAGAACACAUGAAAGAAUUCACACUGGGGAGAGGCCUUAUGUGUGUGACCAGUGUGGGUAUAGCUUUACUCGAUUGAACUCGCUUUUAAGACAUAAAAUAACCCACACUGGCGAGAAGCCCUAUGUGUGUAAUCAUUGUGGGAAAACUUUUCCUCGUUCUGCUUCUCUUCAAAGACAUAUAAAAAUCCACACUGAGGAGAAACCCUAUGUAUGCAAGCAGUGUGGGGUUGCCUUUGUUACUUCUACUGAACUUCUAGAACAUGAACAAACACACAUUGAUGAGAAACCUUACGUAUGUGAGCAAUGUGGGAAUGCCUUUGUGCUUUGGAGUCAGUUUCAAAAACAUAAAGCACUUCACAGUGUCCCCGUUUCCUAUAUUUGUAAGCAGUGUGGGAAAAGCUUCACUUCUUCCAGGUCACUGAAAACCCAUGAAAGAAUUCACACUGGUGAGAAGCCCUAUGAGUGUAAGCAGUGUGGGAAAACCUUCCUUUGGUCUUACUCCCUUCAAAGACAUGAAAAAACUCAUGGUGAUGGGAAGCCCCAUGUGUGCAAACAGUGUGGGGAAGCUUUCACGUAUUACAGUCAUCUUCAGGUGCAUGAAAAAAUACACCUUGAUGAUGAACCCUAUAAUUGUAAAUACUGUGGGAAACCCUUCUUUACUCUGAACCAUUUACAUAGACAUGAAUUACUUCACACUACCAUGGAUUCCAGUAUUUUUUAAUAAUGAAUUAGAGAAAAAAAUUUUUUUUUGGCUUGGUAGCUUUCAAAGACAAGCAAAAUCACACUGUGGGGGAAAAAACCUGGAUUUGUGCUAGCAAAGUGGAAGAACCUUUUGAUUGUUUCAUUGAAACAAACAUGAAGCGCCACAAUGGAAAGAAACAUUUUUUUAAAAAAAAAUAAUGCGCAAAUGGUUUUUGUGUUUAAAGUUCCUUGAAGUACAUGAAAGAGAAACAAGCCUAUGACUGCAAGUGAUGUGGUGAAGCCUUCUGCAGUCCCAGAUCAUGGAGGAGACAUGAGAAAGUUCACUCUAGAAAAACUUUUACUUGUAUAUGUGGUGUUGUAAAAAAAAAAACCCUUCACUUCUUCCCCAUUGCCCCUGAACACAUGGAAGGAGUCACUGUGGAGAGAAACCCUUCAUAUAUAGGCAAUCUUAGAUAGUCUUCAGUUAUCAUCACAUCCUCUCACAGACGUGAGAGAACCUACUGUAGAGAAACCUUAACAAUAGGAUUUGUGAACUCUUCAUUAUCAUCCUGAUAGCACUCACGAGAAUGUACAUGGGGAGAAUUCCUAUCAAUGGAAAACUGAUAUGAACACCACUUGGUUCAGUUAACAGAUAAGGAAAAAACCUGAUAUGAAGUGCUGAUUUGCUUGAAAGAGAUGUUCAAGUUUUCAUUUGGCACACAUGGAAACACCAGAUGAAAACCUUUGCUGUUGAAAAACAUUGAAAGUCUAGAGCAGUAGCAAAUAUAGGAAAAGUCUUUUGAAAUCUUUUCAUAUUUGAUCUCAUAAAUGUCAGUAUUAUGAAGGACUGAACAUAUUUUUUUCUUGUAGCAUGCUCCAGGAAAUGCACACUCUGAAGAGAAUGUUAUCAGUAUAGUAUUUUGUAUUUAUUGGAAAUUUUUCCGGGGCUGAUAGGAAUGGCUUAGCGUUGAGAACAUUUGCUGCUCUUCUAAAGGACCUGCAUUUGGUUUUCAGCAACAGAUCACAGGGCUCACAACUGCAUGUGACUCCAGUUUCAGGAGAUCCAAUUCUUCCCACACACAUGUGACAUAGGUUCACAUGUACACAUAAAAAUAAACUUUAAAUUUUUUUGUCCCUGCCCCCUGCCCAAAAGCUUUUGCUGUGUAUCCCAGGUUUCCCUGGAACUGGAAAUCUCCCAGGUUCUAGCUCUUGAAUGUUUAAUGAAAGGUGUCUGCUUCCACAUUCAUUAUCAUUGGCUACUAUUUAAAAGUUCAUCUCUUGACUCAUUUUUAAAUUUUACUCUACAAAGUAAGCAUUAAGCAGAGCCUUGUGUUAAUAUGGAAUGGCAGCUUAAACCCAUGAACUGGAGACCAGUAAGACCUACAUAUAAAAAAUUACAUUAAUAGAAAGUGUAUUUUAUUAAAUUAUUUUGUGAGGUUUCUUAAAGCAAUCAUGUAUUAGUUUAAUGAGUGAUAUCUUUUUGUAUCAAAUAAGGUAGGUGCUUUUAUUGUAAAUUAUGUUGGAAUCAUUGGUGAAAUGAUAUUUGAAAUAUGCCAGUCCACAUAAAUAUCUUUAAAAGGCUUUUUAGUAUUUGUGUGUGAGUGUGAGAGAGAAAGAGAUAAGAGAGUAGGAAUGUGCCAGUGGAGGCCAGAAGAUGGUGUUGUAUCCUUUGGAGCUAGCGUUACAGGUAUCUGUGACAUGCAUGAUGUGUGUGAUGGGAUCUGAAUCCUAAUCUUCAUGGUAGAGCAGUAAGUACUCUUAACUGCUGAGCCAUCCCUCAAGCCCCUGCAUAAAUGUCUUGUUUUCAAUCAUGUUUAAUGGGUGGUUAAAAAUAUAACUUUGUGAAUAUUGGAAUAAUCCUAUUGGUUUCAUUUGGCUGAUUUUGUGUAUAUUCUCAUUUUUCAUGAAAAAAAAAACACUUGUGCGUGCACGAGUGUGUAUGUUGGAGCAUUGCUUAUGUGUUGAUGGUAUGGUUUAUAUAUUAGUGGUGUUCACAAUGUGAGCAAAGUAAUAUAUUGGAUGUCUUACUACUCUGUUGCUAUGUUAUUCCCCCAAGACAGGUCUCACUGACCCUGGAACUGGACAGCCAGCCAAGAACACCCAGCAUUUCUUGUCUCCUCACUCCCCAUAGUGCUGGGUGUACAGAUACACUCAUGAUUGCACAGCAUGUGGUCUUACCCAUUCAGCCACCUCCUCGGGCCUAAACUCCUUUUAAAUUGAUUUUGUCUCUUGUGUUUAUGUUUUUCUCUGAUGUGUUCUCACAAUCCUUGAGUACAUGUUCUUUUAACUUUGAAGUAUUUUCAAAAUCCUUUUAGUAUAGCAAACAUUAGGGUGUGUUUAGUUUUGUUUUAUUUUUCUUAUUCAGACAGUAGGUGUAAGUAUAUUGUAAUCAUAGGUCAGAUUACUUUGCCAAGUUGGCUUAUUUUUUACUUUUGAGAAUUUCAUGUAUACAAUAAAAGAUGAUCAUAUGUACCCACUAUUUCUCCUUCCAGCUCUCCCUAUAUUCUCCCUCAUAUCCCCCUCUUAACUUUAUGUCUUUAAAUUACCCAUUAGGUCUAGUUAGUAUUGCUCAUACAUGCAUGGGUAUGGGACCAUCCACUGGAGGAUGGGUGACUAGUAGUUACAUUUUCACAAAGGAUUCUCCACACCCCAAUAGCUAUUCACUGCCAGUAGCUUCUUAGUAAGGGCUGGGGCCUGGAGAUAAUCUACCCCAUCUGUACUGGGAUUUGGGCUUGCUUCAUUUUAUAGGUCUUGUGCAUGCAGUCACAGUUGCUAUGAUUCUAGUAACCAUGCCAAACCCCCAGCAUUUCAUAGCAGUCCUCCUCACCCUUCAGUCCUUGCAUUUUUGUUGCUUCUUCUUUGGCUUUCCCUGAGCCUUGGUGGUGGUAGGGAUCAUUAUAGCUCUCAUUUAAAGGUGAACAUUCAGUCUGUUCUUGUCCUUUGGCCAGUUAUGGAUCUCCAUUGACAUCUGUCCACUGUAAAAAGAAGCUUCUCUGACCAAUGUUGAGAGUAGCCAAGGUCUGUUGAUGCCAGGAGCUGAGUGGUUGGAAGAAACUUGGGUUUUGCUUUUGUUUUUUUGUUUUGUUUUGUUUUGUUUUUGAGAUGAUGUCAUGCUACAUAGCCUUAGCUAGCCUGGAACUUUCUGUGUAGGCCAGGCUGUUGUCAACUUGGGCUUAGUUUUGUUUUAUGUCAGGAACUGUUAUUAUCAUAUAUGUGUGAUUAUGGCGUUUCACUGUAUAAAUUUUGCUUUUCAUGUAUAUUCCUUUUCAUUGUAUUUCUCUAGUCAUUACACUAAAGGAUAUGCUGGUAUUACUGCCUUCUUGCCAAAAAUAUGUUCAAUAAAUUCUACUAACUCUCUCCAUA